AUGAGUGGAAGCCCGGAGUACUACCUCAACACAACAUCUGUAAAGGCCAUGCAAGAUGUUGUGGUUGUCACUCUGCCACCGAGGAACUACACCUCUGGAUCUCACUCAAAAUUCAACGACACGAUUAACGACUACGUGGCUGGGUAUCAUGACGGGGCCUUGCUGUUUGGCAAAGUGCUCAGAGAGACGAUGCUGGGUCAGCGCGUUGACAGAAUCUACGAUGUGCCUCUGAGUGACAACCCUUUUGGAAACACCUCUUUUUACGGUAUGGGAGGACACUAUGUGAUCGAUGAGUACGGUGACAGAGAUGUUAACUUCUCUAUGAUUUACACAUCAACUGAAACUGGCAUGUACGAAACCCUGUUACUGUUUGACACUUCACGAAAUAAAACCAUAGUGAUUGACCAAAACCCCACCCUGCUCUGGCAUGGUCGCCUGCCUAAUGACAAGCCAAAAACCCCAGAUGCACUCUGCGGCUCAGACGCCGUCAACAGCCUCUGA